AUAUGUCCGUUUCCUCCUAAAAGAAGGAAGAAAGAAGAUAGAAAUCAAGAAGAAACAGAUCUAUAGAGAAGCGCAAGUCAUCGCCGCCACGGAAGCCUGCAUCCCACUGCCCCAUGCCGUUCCGCAAAGACCACGAGCACCGGCCGGACUCGCCCUCGCUCCCCCCGCGGUGCGCGCACCGUUCCUGCCGGCUUUGUGCGCUGAAGCCCCGUCCCUCCUCUUCCUCCUCCUCCUCUUUCUUCCCCUCCUCCUCCUCCGCCGUGCAGCCUUAACGCGACUCCGAGGAGCAUCCGAGAGCGCAGCAGCGGCUGGUCCAACCCUCCCCGCAGCAAAAACCCUUUCGUUUUUGCUUUCCCUGCGUGUUUUUGACCCUUCCCGCCCUCGCACCACGCGGAGCGCCCGCUGCCUCCGUGUUAACCAUGCCCAUGGAGCUGACUCAAAGCCGCAUCCAGAAGAUUUGGCUCCCCAAUGACAACCGCCCGGCGCUGCCCCGCCGCUCCUGUGGGCCACAGCUUGCCAAUUCCCCCACUGUGAUAGUGAUGGUUGGCUUGCCAGCCCGCGGGAAGACCUACAUCUCCAAGAAGCUGACUCGCUACCUCAACUGGAUUGGUGUUCCAACAAAAGUUUUCAAUGUGGGGGAAUAUCGCCGUGAGGCAGUGAAGCAUUACAGCUCCUAUGACUUCUUCCGCCCUGACAAUGAGGAGGCCAUGAAAGUCAGGAGGCAAUGUGCCCUGGCUGCUUUGAGGGAUGUCAAGCUGUACCUAACGGAGGAGGCUGGCCAGAUCGCGGUUUUUGAUGCCACCAAUACCACGCGGGAGAGGAGAGGGAUGAUCCUAAACUUUGCCAAAGAAAAUGGGUUCAAGGUGUUCUUCAUUGAAUCUGUCUGCAACGAUCCCACUGUAGUUGCCAGCAAUGUUAGGGAAGUAAAAUUGUCCAGCCCUGAUUAUCGUGACUGUAAUUCAACUGAUGCCAUGGAGGACUUCAUGAAGAGGAUCAACUGUUACCAGGCCAGCUACCAGCCACUCGACCCUGAUGACUAUGACCGGGAGCUUUCUCUCAUCAAAGUCAUCGAUGUUGGCCGGCGGUUCCUGGUUAACAGAGUUCAGGAUCACAUCCAGAGCAGGAUCGUUUACUACCUGAUGAACAUCCAUGUCCAGCCUCGCACCAUUUAUCUCUGUCGGCAUGGUGAAAGCGAGUUCAACCUCAAGGGGAAGAUUGGAGGUGACUCAGGCCUCUCCAACAGGGGCAAGAAGUUUGCCCGGGCACUGAACAAGUUUGUUGAGGAGCAGAACCUGAAGGACCUCAAAGUCUGGACCAGCCAGCUAAAGAGGACAAUCCAAACAGCAGAAGCUCUUCAAUUGCCCUAUGAGCAGUGGAAGGCACUCAAUGAAAUUGAUGCUGGGGUGUGUGAAGAAAUGACGUAUGAAGAAAUCAGGGAGCAGCAUCCAGAGGAAUUCGCUUUACGUGAUCAGGAUAAAUAUUACUACCGCUAUCCUUCUGGGGAGUCCUACCAAGAUCUGGUGCAGCGUCUAGAGCCGGUCAUCAUGGAGCUGGAGAGACAAGAGAACGUCCUUGUGAUCUGUCACCAGGCUGUCAUGCGCUGUCUCCUGGCAUACUUCCUUGAUAAGAGUGCAGAUGAAAUGCCCUACCUGAAAUGUCCCCUUCACACAGUGUUGAAGCUGACCCCAGUGGCCUAUGGCUGCCGAGUGGAAUCCAUCUCACUCAACAUUGAAGCUGUCAACACCCACAGGGAUCGGCCAGAGGAAGGAAAGAAGGGACCUAACCCGCUCAUGAGACGUAAUAGCGUUACCCCUCUAGCAAGCCCAGAGCCCACCAAAAAACCUCGCAUCAACAGCUUUGAGGAGCAUGUGGCUGUUUCUUCCGCCCUGCCAGGCUGUGUUCCUCAGGAAGUGCCCUCGCAGCUGCCGGGACAACCUUUACUAGGGAAGGCAUGCCUAAGACCCGUUUGUCACUUUCUCAAAGUUUUCUCUUUACUAAUAUUUCCAAGAACAUGAACACCUCGCAGAAGCUGUCGUGACUCCGUUGGCGCUGUGGCAAUGCCAGUGGCAACACCACCAGCUUCCCAUCCUACCGCCAUUUCCAAAGCUUGCUUAUAAACCAGUCUCCUCCAUCUGCAGCGAGGUCGACCCUCAUCUGUUUCUACCCGUGCCCGUUCAUCUGCAAACCGCUCUGCUGAAGGAGGGGAGAGAUGCAAGAGAGCAGAGGAGAGGAGCUGAGCAUCCCGGGGUCACCACCAGAUCUUUAGGCUGCAGCACUUGCUCUCCUCUCCAGCCUCCUGUUUAGAUCCUAGCAAGCUGUAAAGUGCUUCCUAGCGCACAGGAGUUUCAUUUCCUUCUGCAAGCAGUUUUGAUCUUCUUUUGUAGAGAUGACUGGUACCCAUCCUUCUCGGGGUGGGGUGUGUAUAUAUGUGGAUGGUGCGGGGUUAGCAGAGAGAUGGGGGGAAGGGGGGGGAAUAAAUGGGUUUUGCAGUUUUUUAUGAUUAUUAUUAUAAUUAUGAUUAAUUCCUUUUCACGAAGUCGUUUAGCCAAGCUGCAGCCUGUCGCACACCAAGCCUGGCUCACCCAGGCCUGCGAGCACUAGGAAGGCAGUUGUGUUAAGUCCUUCACAGUGAAAACUUUGGGUUUAACAAGGAAAGAAGACCCCAAAACAUCUUUUGUUUUACUCGGUACACCUUAAAGGGGUUUGCAGAGAAUGUAGAUCUGCUUCUAAAACUGGUUGUGAGCUGUCAGUAGCAUAGGGGAAGCCACACCAGUGGUGGUUUGGAUGAUGCUUUCAUCUUGGGCAGCACCAUGGAAUGGUCCGAGUUAAAGCAUGUGUUGAUAUGGGAGGGGAAACUGAGCACUGGUUGAGGUGCUGUGCUGGUACUUCAUCUCCUCUUUGCUCUUCCUUAGAGGAAAGCGGAGAUUUGGGGCAGUUUAGGGGUCAAUCCCUGUGUCACUGCAGGUGGACAGGCUGAGCUGGAUGCAUUUUGCAGGCACACAGGUCUUAUGGAGGUGGCCAGAGGUCUGGCUGGGAUGCAGAAAGCCCUCUGUGGCUGCAGCAAGCCACAAGAAGGGGACAGUUUUGUCUGUGUUCUCUCUUAAUUUUACAUAUAUACAUGCGCACACGUGUGUACAUGUGUAUACCUAGAAACCGCUUGGGUUUUGCACUUUAUUUGCGGCAGGAGCAUAACUAUUUUAGUUUUUAUCUAAUUGUGCCCCUUAACAGGGGAAGCCUGAAUACAGGCAGCUUCUUUAUUUUGCAUGCUGGAAAGCUGGGACUACAAAACUAGUUGCAGCAUUCGAGGUGUGUGUGUGUGUGUGUGUUUGGGGGAGAGGUCUUGACUUGGACUCCAUCAGCCAACUCCCAGGGGUUUGAUAUGCAAGAUCCCUUCUUGGCAGCCUGUCCCAGGCUGUGAGACAGCAGUUAUAUGGCAAUUAACCACUAUUGCUUUGUGCAAAAUCAGUGGAUUUUUGAAUAUUAACUUUUUUUUUU